GGGGCGCGCGGCGCCCUGGCGCGCGGGGCCUGCCGGGAGCCACGUCUUUGCUGGCGGAGGACUUACUUGGCGCGGCGAUUGGCGUCCGGGCCGCGCGGUUCGGGGGCUGCCGGGAAGAUGGAGGACUCGGUGGCCCCCUGAUGAGGAGGCCGCGGGGGGAGCCCGGCUCCCGGGCCCCGAGACCGACCGAGGGAGCGACCUGCGCGGGGCCUGGGGAGUCAUGCUUCCCAUCAGAUGGGCCCCUGAUGUGCGCCCUGGAGCAGGAGCGAAGGGUUCGCCUCCCUCCGAAGCCACCGCCCCUCUUGCCGCCUAUCCUUCGAGGGUGGCAAAGGUUGGAAGCCGCUCUAAGCUGUCCCCGUUUCCAGCGGCGUCCUCAGCAGCACCUCAUCCGCAGCCUGGCAGGUGCCAGGCCUGAGGAACUGACUCCAGUGAUGGUGCUCCUAGCGCAGCACUUGGCCCGCCACCGGUUGAGGGAGCCCCAGCUUCUGGAAGCCAUUGCCCACUUCCUGGUUGUUCAGGAAGCCAGCUCAAUAGCAAGGUGGUACAGAAGUUGGUCCUGCCCUUUUGGGCGGCUGAACUACGUGCCUCUGGAGCAGCAGUUUAUGCCCUGCCUUGAGAGGAUCCUGGCUCGGGAAGCAGGGGUGGCCCCCCUGGCAACUGUCAACAUUUUGAUGUCACUGUGUCAGCUGCGGUGCCUGCCCUGAGCCCUGCACUUUGUCUUUUCCCCUGGUUUCAUCAACCAUGUCAGUGUGCACCCUCAUGCCCUGAUCGUGCGGCGCUACCUCUCCCUGCUAGACACGGCGGUGGAGCUGGAGCUCCAGAUAUCGGGGUGCCGCCUUCCCCGAAGGCAGCAAGUGCCCAUCUUCCCCAGCCCAUCAUCACUGACCGCCGCCCGCUGCAAGUACAGGUCACAAGACAUAGUAGCAGAGGGGCGGCGGCCCAGCCGGCUGCUGGGGGAGGAAGAUUUUACCGCGCAGGAACCUGACAUUAGGGAAGGAUUUGGUGAAGCCUGA